AUGCUUUUACCAGUUACGAAACGUUUGGGAAGGCCAGGGUUUAUUUCUUCAAGCUCUUCAAGAGUUUGUGGGAAGCAGCAAAGGCGUCAGAUUAUGGGGUUUGUGCGCAACGCCUUAGGAUUGGAUCCUCCUACGUCCCCAGAUGAGCCUACGGUUGAUAAUAGGUUCCAUCCAUGGGAUCAAUCGCCAUCGCCAGAGUUGAGGGAACGGGCAGCUAGGAUUAAGGCGUUGGCGAAGUGUCCUGUAACGGGAAAGAAUAUUCAGUUUAGUUGUAAAUAUUCUGGAAUUCCUACACAUCAUUCGGAGGAGGCAUGGAAAAACGAUAGUGAAUACCACGAAUCGAAGCGGUAUAGAUUGUUGAAGAAGGUUAAUAUAUAUGAGCAUGACUUAAGGAGUGGGCGGCCAUUUUUGGAGUUUGAUUUUCCUGAGCAGCAGGAUUAUGAUCGUAUGGUGAAUAUGAUGAAUUGGGAUUUAUAUUUUUAUACUAGGUCGUUUUUUUCAAUGGAUACAGAGUUUCAGCUUGCAGCAGUAACUAAGAUGUUGUCCUAUCCUAUUACUAUUGGCUCUAUUUUGCACCAAUAUUCGCCAUAUUCUCUAAACCCGAAAGGUCCCAUUACGUUAGAAGGCUUGAAGUCUCUUGCAGCCCUACGUUAUACUUUAUAUCCUGAACAGAAUCGAAGAGUGAGAUCAAUACAAGAUAAGCCCUUGAGGGUGUUCAUUCUAGGAGCACGUGCGGAAGCACAACUGCCCGGACAUGUUUGGAAACAGCUUCAAUAUUUGUUCCCAGAAUCGCUGAUUGAACUUCACUUUGUUGGCCCGGAAUCAAACUAUGACCGUGAGAAAAGAGAAUAUGUGACUUCUUCAAUACCUGUCGUUAAAAGAAUUGAUGACACGAUGAAAAUGCAUUAUCAUACUGAUUACUUUCAUGUAUUUCACGAAGCCCAGGACUUUUUCCCAUAUGAUCCAUACAAUGACAUCUUCUUUUGUUUCCAUCCAGGGUUUGGCUCUCCAGAGACGAGGGAUACUUGGAUGAAUUCAACUUUACAGGCAUUAUUACAAACAAAAUGUGCCAUCUUCACCACCGGAUUUAACAAGAAGGAUCUGAUGGAUGAUCUCCAAGCGGUUAAAGAAAAAUAUGGGGAUGAGUUAGACAUGCUAGUGGAUCCAACUAAAAAUGUCUUUGGCAGUACAAAGUGGGAACUGAACGAUUUGAAUCCACAUGAGGUAUAUCAAUUCAAUAUGUACAUUGCAGGCUUUAGAGGAAAGAGAUACCAUGCUAUCGAAUUAUGA